CAGAGGGGAAGAUGGCGGCGGUGGUACAGAAUGUGGUGAAGCUCCUUGGUGAACAGUACUACAAGGAUGCAAUGGAGCAGUGCCAUAAUUACAACGCCCGACUGUGUGCUGAGAGGAGCGUUCGAUUACCGUUCCUGGAUUCGCAGACUGGGGUGGCACAGAGUAAUUGCUACAUUUGGAUGGAGAAGCGGCACAGGGGACCAGGUUUGGCAUCUGGCCAGCUCUAUUCCUAUCCAGCUCGACGCUGGCGGAAGAAACGCCGUUCUCAUCCGCCAGAAGAUCCAAGACUUUCUUUUCCUACCGUUAAACCAGACACUGAGCAGGCCCUAAAGAAAGAAGGCCUAAUCUCUCAAGAUGGCAGCAGCUUGGAGGCCCUCUUAAGGACAGACCCCCUUGAGAAGCGCAGCUUGCCUGACCCUCGUACUGACGAAGACAGCCUCAGCGAGUUCCCUGUUGCCAAUAGCCGCACCCGGAAGCGAAUUCUGGAACCUGAUGAUUUCUUGGAUGAUCUGGAUGAUGAGGACUACGAGGAAGACACCCCAAAACGACGAGGCAAAGGAAAGGCCAAGGGUAAAGGAGUUGGGAGUGCUCGGAAAAAGUUGGAUGCUGCCAUUUUGGAAGACAGAGACAAACCGUACGCAUGUGACAAUAGUUACAAACAAAAGCAUACCUCGAAACCUCCUGACCGAGUCUGUGGGAAACGCUACAAGAAUCGUCCCGGCCUGAGCUACCACUACGCUCACUGUCACCUGGCGGAAGAAGAAGGGGAGGACAAGGAAGACUCUCAGCCCCCCACGCCCGUCUCCCAGAGAUCGGAGGAGCAGAAAACCAAGAAGGGUCCCGACGGUUUGGCCCUGCCCAAUAACUACUGCGACUUUUGUCUGGGAGACUCGAAGAUCAACAAGAAGACGGGUCAACCCGAAGAGCUGGUUUCGUGCUCGGACUGUGGGCGAUCAGGGCACCCAUCUUGCUUGCAGUUCACCCCAGUCAUGAUGGCUGCCGUGAAGACCUACCGCUGGCAGUGUAUUGAAUGCAAGUGCUGUAACAUCUGCGGGACCUCUGAGAACGACGACCAGCUGCUGUUCUGUGACGAUUGUGACCGUGGUUAUCACAUGUACUGCCUCACUCCACCGAUGUCAGAACCUCCGGAAGGAAGCUGGAGUUGUCACCUCUGCCUGGAUUUGCUGAAGGAGAAAGCCUCGAUCUUCCAGAACCAGAACGCCUCCUGAAAGUUGCUUUUCAGUCUUGGAAGAGAACCGUUCAUUUGUCCAGUCUUUCUCUUGGGGUUUUAAUCUUUCUCCGGCUGCUGCCUCCCACUUUGGGUCAGUGUCUCCCUUAUUGGAUCACACCUCUGCACGCACACACGC